CACACACACACACACACACACACAUACACACUUUACUUUCUUUGACUUCUCUCCUCGAUCACACUCUCUGUCUCUCUCUCUCUCUGUCUCUCUCUCUCUUUCUCUCUCAUUCUCUGUCUGGCUGUGAAGAGAAGAAAUGAGCGCCUUGCGGACGGGAAUACGGAUCAGUGACAGCUGAGCUCCUUUGGCAAUGCCACAGUCUCCCCUCGGAUGAGAUGAUGAGAACCUACACCCGCGGGGCCCCCACAGUCUUCUUCCUAAGUCUUCUGUGGCCCCUGCUUGUCCCGACGGUGGUGGCUACGACGGAAGGGGACCCCAGCCGAGGAAUCCCCUUCAUGGGAGGCAACUACGAUGGACAUCCCAUGCUGUACUUCAACCGGGGGAAUGUGGAGGAGCUGCAGUACGCGGCGGCGGGGACUCAUCAGAACAUGGCGAGGAGGAUUCGUGAAGCUGGGGAAACAAUGCUGGAGCACCCGGAGGAGUACCUGCCACCCUGGAGCCCCGCGGAGUUCAGCGCCCGCUGGAACGAGGUGUACGGGAACAACCUGGGUGUGCUGUCCAUGUUCUGCCUGCUGUACCCCCACAGGGCCGGGGCCCUUGACCUGGCCAAGGACUACAUGGAGAGGAUGGCGGCUCAGCCUAGUUGGCUGGUCAAAGAUGCCCCCUGGGAUGAAGUUCCUUUGGCACACUCAUUGGUUGGGUUCGCCACCGCUUACGACUUCCUGUAUGAGUACUUGAACAAGGGCCAACAGGAGCGAUUUCUGCAGGUGAUCGGCAACGCGUCACGCCUGAUGUAUGAGAAGUCCUACGUCCGAGGCUGGGGCUUCCAGUACCUGCACAACCAUCAGCCCACCAACUGUGUGGCUCUGCUCACUGGAAGCCUGGUUUACAUGACACAAGGUUACCUUCAGGAGGCCUACCUGUGGACCAAGCAGGUCCUGUCCAUCAUGGAGAAGUCCAUGAUCCUCCUGCAGGAUGUGACGGAUGGCUCCCUGUAUGAAGGCGUGGCCUAUGGGACUUACACCACCCGCUCUCUGUUCCAGUACAUGUUCCUGGUGCAGCGACACUUUGCCAUCAGCCACUUCGACCACCCGUGGCUUCUCAAACACUUUGCCUUCCUCUACAGGACUAUCCUGCCCGGAUUUCAGCGGACUGUAGCCAUUGCAGAUUCCAAUUACAACUGGUUCUACGGGCCGGAAAGUCAGCUGGUCUUCUUGGAUCGCUAUGUGCUGCGUAAUGGCAGUGGAAACUGGCUGGCAGAUGUGAUUCAUCAAAACAGGGUGAUGGAAGGGCCAGGGCAGGCUGGAAAGGGCCAGCGGUGGUGUACUCUCCACACAGAGUUCAUCUGGUAUGACCCGAGCCUGAUCUCCAAGCCCCCGUCAGAUUUUGGAACAUCCCAACUCCACUACUUUGAGGACUGGGGUGUGGUCACAUAUGGCAGUGCUUUACCUGCAGACACCAACAACACCUUUGUCUCUUUCAAGUCAGGGAAGCUGGGAGGCCGCGCCAUCUUUGACAUCGUUCACAGGAACAAGUACAAAGAGUGGAUCAAAGGGUGGAGGAACUUUAACGCUGGCCACGAGCACCCAGAUCAGAACACUUUCACCUUUGCACCCAAUGGUUUCCCAUUUAUAACUGAGGCACUGUAUGGACCCAAGUACACUUUGUUAAACAAUGCAGUGUUGUUUGGCUCGGCGGACUCAGGGAGUUGCUUUAAGCCGUGGGUUGGGCAGGUUACAGAGACCUGUGACUCUAAGUGGUUGAAGUACAAAGUGGGGCUGGCGGCUGAUACCCAGGGCAGAGUCGAAGCUGCUAUGGAGAGACAGGGAAUGGUCUUCAUCCGAGGUGAGGGACGUUCUGCAUAUAAUUCCGAGCUAAAGAUCAGAAACUUUCAGAGGAACCUUCUCCUUCUUCACCCACAGCUCCUCCUCCUCGUUGACCACAUCCACCUGGAUCCUGACAGCCCAACCAGGGCCAUGAGCGCCUUUUUCCACAACACUGAACUGCCAUUCCAGGGCACAAAGGUAGAUGGUGUUCAUGGAGCAUUUGUGUCACAUGGUGAGGACAAAUAUAAGAUGUUCUGGAUGGACGACACUGGCUACAGUAACAAAGGAGUGAUAGGUUACUGGAAUUACCCUCGAGGAUACCCAUAUAAUGGUUCUAACUAUGUGAACAUCACAAUGCCAUUGAGGUACCCUUACACAAGGGUGGCAUACAUUUUUUUCGGACCGGGGGUGGACAUACAGAGCUUCAGCCUGCGUGGUGAUGACCAGAGAGUGGAUAUUUACCUGGCCACCAAGGAUCACACUUACACCAUCUACCUGCUUACUGGAGAGGUCACCAGCAAGCCUCUGUUCUCCAUGGUGCUGCUGAACAACAAGAAAAUCGUAUUCGAGAAGGCCGCAGAUGCGGUUGACAGCUCGCCACAGGAAGUAGAGGAGUACGUCAAUGUGAUGGAAGACAACCUCCAGCACGUCAAGCCUGUUUUUCAGCAGAUGGAGAGACACAUCCUCGGACGGGUUCUGAACACUAACAGCUUCAGAAAGACUGCAGAGCGCCUCCUGCAGUUCUCUGACAAAAAGAAGACAGAGGAGGUCAUUGAGAAGAUGUUUGCUAUGUCCAAGAAGCAGGGCAAGGGUAAAGGGGGGAAGAAAGUCAACCUUGGGGAGAAGCUUUCUGAGAGUCUCCCUGACAUUUUUGCACAGAUUGAAGUGAAUGAGAAAAAGGAGAGACAGAAAACCUCAAAGCGUACGUAUGAGGACAGUCCAGAAGAGGGGGACUCAGACUCCCGGGCCUUUAUGGAUUAUACAGACAGUCGCAAAAACCGAAGAGGUGGCUUUGUCAAGGGCCGCAAAUUCAAAGAGGUUCACAUGGUGGCCACAGCAGGGAGUGAAGGUUUCACCAGCACAGCCUCUUACAUAAGACUCUUCCUCCUUCUGAACACGGCCACCUUCUUUUUACUGCUGGCUGUGUUGCUGACUCGCUUUCAGAGGGGUCGAAGUUUGCACACACAGAGGUGUUUCUACUCCAUCCUUCUGAUCGACUGCUUCAUCUUACUGUACCUCUACUCCUCCUGCUCUCACACACAGUGCUAACACCAUGAGCGGGUUUGGAAUCGUCCAGCCCACGACCGAAUGACCUGUUGUUCAUGGUGAACUAAAUGCACCUCACACCUCAGUCUGAGCCAGAUCUUAUAGCAGAAUAUUGGGCUGCUGGUCGAAAGAAAGUCAGAGAUUUCAAGAAAAAUGUUCAUUUUGACAAAUAAGUUAUAAUAUUAUGAGAAUGAAGUUGUAGUUUUUCAAUAAAUGUUUACAUAGUUCAAGACUUAAGUUCUUAAUGUGUAAUAAAACAUUUAAUGUUGAUGAAAGUCAUGAUGACAUGGGAAAACUUUUUCAAUAUUUCAUAAAUUGGUGGUAAUGUUCAAGAUGCUUCUGUCAGUGCUACCUAUUAAUAUCUCAGUCAUUAGCAGUCUAGCAGUUUUAACUUGUCAGUUUCAUAUUUAAAGAAUUGAUUAAAUAAUAGAGUUUAGGAUAAUAAAAUGAUAGAAAAAUCAAUUAUAUAAUGUGACAAUCGCUACAUACAUACAUGCAUUCAUCCAUUUACCAUUUUUAAUUUCUGUGAUAUUGUGGCUUUCUCCCCCAAAUUUAUGAUUUAGUACUCAUUGUGAAUUAUGUUUUUGAGAUAAUCAAUUUUAUUCUUGAAAUAGAAUGACUUUUAUUGUCGGAAUCAGAUUUUCUUUUGUAAUCUUACAACAUGGUCAAUUAAAACUCUCCCUAAUAUAACCCUAACACAUGAAUAAGUACAAUCCUUUCACACGAGUCUCAUAAUGGCAAACGGCACAAGUUAAAAGGGGAUCUACGUCCUAAAUGCACUUGAACAAGAAUAUUAAGUUCAUUCAAAUAAAGCCUGAGGACCUUUUUGAAAUUAUGACUUCAUACUCAUAAGCAAUGUGACUCUUAUUCUCAGAAUAUAACCUUUAUUUCGCAUAAUGUUAUGUCUUUUUCUCGUCAUUUCUAUUUUAUUCAUACAAGUCACAAAUUUACCUCAUGGGGUUUGAGGAUUAUAAUCUGAAAUUAUGACUCAACCUCUCAGUAACAUACUCAUAAUGUUGGGAGUUUUAUUCUAUUGAUAUCAUGACUUUUUCUCAAGUCUAUGACUUUUUCCUACAUAAUAUCCUGAUUUUAUUCUUGAAAUGUCAGAUUUCCUUUUGCCUAACAGUGGCCCAAAUACUUAUAAGAUCAGGAAAUACAACAACUGAUUCCAAUAGGAAUUGAAGAAUUGCCAAGAUGAAACCAGAUCACCUCUGAUGUAAUUAAGCUUCUGUGGAGCUUUAGAACUGAGUCUGUGUGAAGUUUGUUCAUAGUUGUGUUCAGAGGUCCUGCCUUGUAUCCAAGAUACCAAGGUUAGCCACUAUAGUGCAGUCGCUUCAGCUGUACAUGAGAUUUGUCCUGUCUACAUAGUUUAUAGAAAUACAUUGAAGUGUAUAUAAAUAUAUAUAUAUGUGAAAGCAAGAUAUAUUUUUAUGGUUUCUUUUUUACCAUUUGUAAAUAAAAUUACCACAUGCA